ACUGCUUUUUAGUUAAGUUAAACACACCAAUAUAACGAUAGUGUAGGCGUAACAUGGACGUUCUCACUGACUUAUUUAAAGUUAUUCUGACGUAUAUAAAGAUUUUAAGAGUCGUUUAGACAUACAGUCUAUGGUUUAGACGGUGGAUUGUUUAUCUGAAAGCAGGGCCUACAGUAAAUAUUACUUUCACAAUGUCUUCAGAUGAGGAUUUCUCUAUAGUGAUGAACAGCCAACAGCCAUCCGAGGACACCUUGGAGGGAGUCAUGGCUUUAAUCGCCAACUACAAGAAAAAAUAUGAACAGCUGGUCCAGGAGCAUAAGGAGCUGGCCGCCUGCAGAGACGACCGGCGGGAUCUGACUCAGCAGUUUAAGAAGCGCAGUGACAAACUGACCCAGGCUCUGAAAGACGACCAGCGCUCCUACAAAGACCAGCUCGAAGAAGAGAUGGCUCGGCUGAACUCAAUGAAGGUGGAGGAGAGCCAGCUGAUGGAGGAGGUCCAGAAAAAGAAGGCAGCCCUGAUGGACGAAGAGGCCAAAAACAAGCAUCUGAAACAGCAGACUGAUGUGUUCGCUGCUGUACCAGAGAAGACUGUUGUGUUCAUGGGGUCGACAGGAAAGGCAACCGACACACAAACAUUUGAAAUGAAACCACAUAUAGUUUACCCGAUGCAGGGGGGGACGGCACUGAUUACAUUUGAGGAAGAAGUAGUGGCCAAGAAGAUCCUGACCACGAAGAAGCAUCAGGUGGAUCUGGGAGCAGAGUGCAGCAUCACUGUGGAGGCCAGGCCAGUUCAGCUGAUGGUGCCCAAGCUGGUGGAGAUAGACUCUGAGGUGUGUCCUCAGCGCAUAUUAAUCUCCAACCUGCCCAAGAUGGACCCUGACAUUCUGCUGAACAAGCUGGAGAUCCACUUUUCCAAGAGCAAACACGGAGGCGGAGAGGUGGACGAAUGUGAAAUGCUGCCUGACUCUGGGACGGUGGUCCUCACCUUUGUGGAGAAAAACAUUGCCAGAGGUUUGACAGAUACGGAGUACCAUGAAGUGAAGCUACAACAAAAGAGUCACAGAGUGAGGGUGACUCCUUUUCUGAACGGAAAGAUUACAAACUUAGAGACGCAGAUGUCAGUGUGUCCUCGGACAGUGCUGCUGACAGAAAUCCCUGCCGUCAUGGAGCAAGAGACCAUGCAGGAUUUGCUGGAAAUCCACUUCCAGAAAAGCAGCAAUGGUGGAGGAGAGAUCGAAGCCUUCCUCUACAACCCGCUGGGGCAGCACACCUCGGCGCUGUUUGACGGCGUCUCACCAAACGGAGAGUAGGAGUAGGCUGUAGAUUUAUCCCUGUUGCUCCCCCAAAAAAAACAAACCCUCUCAGGUUCAGGAUGAGAUCUGCCGGAUGCAAAGACAGGAUCCACCCUGCUACAAAAAUCUGUUUGUCUUAUAUUUUGUUACCUUUUGUUAGUAUAAUUCGGCACAGUUAUGAACUUGUUAUUUUAGGAUGGAUUUUUUUGGCAACGAUAAAGCUGCCAAUUAUUUUUCUAGAACAAAAUCUCUGAUGUCUGUCAGUAUUGUUGAUAUCAGUUCUGAGAAUUAUAAAAUUUCAGCUUUAUUCAUAGAUGAAAGUAUUUAACCUGGUUGUUUUCUGUCUAGUUAUUUAAAAAUACAAAUCUUUGGCAUCAAUGGCAACAAAUACUGUGUAAUUAUAAUAAUGCAAUAACCUCAUUAAUCAACAAUCUGUUCUUUCAGCAUGUAACUCCUUGACAAAAAUCUUUCCAAUUGUAUUAUAUAAAAGUGUAAGUGGUCUGCUGCGGCUCAGUGGGUGACAAGAUUGAUGACAAAAUUGUAUGUAUAGUUUGACAUUUUGGGAAAUAGCUUAUUUACUUUCUGGUAGCGAGUUAGAUGAAGAGAGUGCACCUUCUUAUCUGUCUUCAAUACACUGUAAGGCUACAGCUAGCAGCCAGUUAGCUUAGCUUAGCACGAGUGGAAACAGCUAGUUCUGUUCAAAGGGUAACAAAAUCCGGCUGGCAGCACCGCUAAAGCUCACGAAUUAACACAUUACGUCUCAUUUGUUUAGUCAGUGCAAAAACCAAAGUGUAAAACCAACAAUUCGCCAUUUUGUGUUGGAUAAUUUCUUGGCUGGGUGUUGUUGCCAGGCAACCAGCGGAGACUCCAGAAGGUUACUGCGCCCUGCCAAGAAAUAGUCCGGUGCAUAGCCGGCGCAUAAAACGUUUAAGUGCCAUUUUUACACUAAUGUUUUUGCACAGAGUGAACAAACCCCAGAACGUGUUGAUUAGUGAACUUUAGAGGUGCUGGUAGGCGGAUUUUGUUACCUUUGAACAGAGCCAGGCUAGCUGUUUCCCCUUUCCAGUCUUUGUCCUAAGCUAAGCUAACCGGCUGCUGCUUCAUAUUUAAAAGCUGAGUGGUAUCAAUCUUCUCAUCUAACUGCUAACUUAACUCUAGCAAGAAAGUGAAUGUGUAUUUCGAAUGUCGGACUGUGCCUUUAUAUGGGUAAACAAAGUCUUGAAAUCUCGUUAAGUUCAACAGGGAAGGUCUUGUGUGUUCGUUAAGUGUUUAUUUUGCAAAUAAAUAUACUGAAGAUGA